GGGAGGCGCCGGGAGAGGCGCCGCGCUCCCGCCGCGGGCGCACGGCGGAGCCGCUCCGCGCUCCGUGCCGCCGCUCGGGCCAUGCCGGCCGGGAGCCCGGGGGCUCGGCGGGCGCCACCGCGGGGGCCCGGCUCGCCGCGGGCCGCGGGGGCAUGAGGCGCCGAGCGCGGAAAGCGGCGGCGGGCGGCGGCGCCGGCCCUUCCCCUGCGAGCCGCCGCCGUAGGAUGAAGCAGCAUGAGGAUGUGUGACAGAGGCGUCCAGAUGCUCAUCACCACGGUGGGAGCCUUCGCAGCCUUCAGCCUGAUGACCAUCGCCGUGGGCACCGACUACUGGCUCUACUCGCGCGGCGUGUGCAGGACUAAGUCCACGAGCGACAACGACACGAGCCGCAAGAACGAGGAGGUGAUGACCCACUCGGGGCUGUGGAGGACGUGCUGCCUUGAAGGAACCUUCCGAGGGGUGUGCAAGAAAAUCGACCACUUCCCCGAGGAUGCGGAUUACGAGCAAGACACGGCUGAAUACCUGCUCCGUGCAGUGAGAGCGUCCAGCAUCUUCCCCAUCCUCAGCGUGGGUCUGCUGUUCUUUGGAGGCCUGUGCGUGGCGGCCAGCGAGUUCUACAAGAGCAAACACAACGUCAUCCUCAGCGCCGGCAUCUUCUUCGUUUCUGCAGGUCUCAGCAACAUCAUUGGGAUCAUCGUCUACAUCUCGGCCAAUGCGGGGGACCCAGGGCAGAGCGACUCCAAGAAGAGCUACUCCUAUGGCUGGUCCUUCUACUUCGGAGCCCUGUCCUUCAUCAUCGCUGAGAUGGUGGGGGUGAUCGCCGUGCACAUGUACAUCGAGAAGCACCGCCAGAUCCGCGCCAAGUCCCACUCGGAGCUGCUGAAGAAGUCAGCCUUCACCCGCCUGCCCCCGUACCGGUACCGCUUCCGCCGGCGGUCCAGCUCCCGCUCCACCGAGCCCCGCUCCCGGGACAUGUCACCCGUCAGCAAGGCCUUCAGCGCCAUCCCCUCCACCGACAUCUCCAUGUUCACCCUCUCCAGGGAUCCCUCCAAGGUCACCAUGGGGACGCUGCUCAACUCAGAGCGGGACCACGGUUUUUUACAGGUCCAUAACUCCAUCCCCAAAGAGUUCAAGGAGUCUUUGCACAACAACCCGGCCAACAGACGAACCACGCCGGUCUGAGGCGGGCAGGGCGUCUCGUCAGGCUGCAUGGCAUCAUCCUCGUGACACUGUCACCCGUGAAACCCCAUUUUUAAGGACGAACCCAGAUGGCUCCCCGUGCCCCUACCUGUGGGGCUGGUUUUUCACUCCCAAAAUGCCACUGGCUGGGCCGCUGCGCCUAUGGUGGGACCAGGACCCGCUCUGUCCCCAGUGGGGAGGGGACAGGGGCUGCGCUGUCACCCUGGCCGUGUGCCCCUGCAGACUGACCGGGGCCCUGUCACCACCCGGGACAAUCCUUCCCGGGGUCUCCAUCGUUAAUGUUGCUCAUAAUCACAAUGUUACCUUAGCUGUAUGUCCCAUGGAAAUGCUGGCGAUAGCCCUGUCUGUGAGAACUCUUAACCUGGUAGUUACAUUUAAGCGAAAUUGCCUGGGAUUCCGGAGUUUGAAGCGCUGAGUCGGUGCCGUAGUGAGUGUUCAUGUUACGAAACCUCUUUCCCGGUCAUGCUGGAUGGAGUGCUCGGGCUGGGUUUCUCUAUGGCGUUUCGUGCAUGCAUUAAAUAGCUUGGAAUUCAAUUUUGUCAUGUCAGGUUGGAAGAAACAUCCUUUUGCAAUUUUCUGUGGUCUUGAAAGGGCUUCUUUCUUUCCUUCUUUCUUUCCUUUCUUCUUCCUUUUGGUGCAUUCAGGCCAUGAAAGGACUCAGGAGCAGAAUUCCUCCAAUGACUGGUAGCAAUUAGCCAGCAUUUAAUUAACCUCUAAUAUUGCAAGAAAAUGAAUUAAUUCCCUAAAAUUAAUAUACACACAGUCACAAAUUGCUGUCUGGGCACAACCAAGGAGGCGACACUUGACCUGGUGGUACUGCAGGAGGAGCCGGGUUGGUGGCUGGGCCGCGGGCUGCGUGCAGAUGGUGUAUGAUUCUAUAAUGGCUGGGAGAUCGAUGAGAAAAAUAACAAUAAAAUCAUCCAAUUUGGCAAGCAAGCUACUCGGCUGAAUGGGUCGCGCUGACCCCGCUGCGGGCAGCAGGAGAGCUGCGUGUCCCAGGGGUGAUUCACGGCAGCCUCAGCCUCUCUGCAGCUGCGUGGGGUGCCCAGGAUUGGGGCUCCCCGGCUGCGGGGGUCAGGGGGAGCAGCCCCCCCAGCCGCUGCCCUGUUCUCCUGUGGGGGGCUUGGCUGGGCAGCAGCAGCUGGGGGGUGCAGGGUGCUUGGGGUAUAAAGGAUGCAUGGAGUGCAGGAUACACAGGGUGCAGGGUCCAUGGGGUGCCACAAGCUGGGGGUGAGUUGUGGGUGCCCCCUGACCCCAGGCACUGCCAGGGAGAGUGGCUCAGAAAGACAUUUCCCCCAAAAGGUGCCAUGGAGGGGUGACAUCCCCUCUGCAGGGCAGCUGGACAUCCCGGGGCAGCCACAGCGAGACCCCUCUCAGGGAAACGCUGAGCUCGGGUGCAGCUGCAGGAACCCCUGGGGUGCGUCUUUCCCGGCCAUGCGUUUGCCUGCCAGGUGCCCGUGUGUCCGUACCCUCUGAGCUGCCUGGUGGGGACAUGCCAGCUGCCUGUGCAGUGCCACAGCCAGAGGAUGGCAUGGAACGGCAGGUAGAAGGUCAGUCUUUCCAUGCCAAGGUGUUUGUGGGCAGCUGGAGGUUUGGCUUUGAACGCUUUUGUCCUUUCCCAAGCACAGCUCGUUUCAAUGGAGUUGGUUUCAAAGCUGCUGUCUUACAAUUUGGUGUGCCACUUAAUGGAAAUGGUAUUAAACCUUCUGACAGGAGAGGUGGAUGCCCGUGGAGUCCCAUCUAGGCGGGGUCAUUAGGGGACACAGGUGAUCGAGGACCAGUGGAGCUCUCAUUUGCUGGAAGGGGAACACCUGGUGUGCACUGCUCUGAGCAGCCUUGCCCUGGGUCUCUUUCCCAAAGCUGUGCAUGGCCGGUCGUGGGGCAUGUCCUAAUUCCUGGGAUUAACAGACAGGUCCCUGUGGGAGCUCUGCCAGAGUGAAAUGCCCCCCAGAGCACCUCAACCAGCCCCAGGGAAGGCUGUUGGCCCCUGGGCACAUCCCGGCUGCAUGGGGCUGCAGACCAGUGCAAGGUCUUUGUGUUCAUUAUCAUUUAUUUGCUACUAUUGCAAAGGGAGUUUUUGUGAGAAGACCGAUUCAUAUGCUAAUUAGGCCUCUUAAUUGCCAUAGUUGCUGAUUGCAUGUAUUAAAAACAGUCAAGGAUGUGUAGCACUCUGAUCUUAGGGAAAUAUUUCAAAACAAAGUAGUGAAAGGACUGGCAAUGUAAAAUACAGAAUAAACUGCAUUUUAACUUA